AUGAUCGUUAAGUGCUGGCUUUCGUCGUCGCCAUCAAGAUGGAAGCAAUUCGUCGCUAAUCGGGUCUCCGAGAUCCAGCAUAUCACGAAGGAAGGUACCUGGAAUCACGUCGCAGGUGUAGAAAAUCCAGCAGACUUAGUCUCGCCUGGGAUGAUCCCGGCACAGCUUCUGUACCAAUAUGUUUGGUUUGACGGACCUCGCUGGUUGCUAUUGAAAGAAGCCUAUCGCCCUCAGCCCCGCCAGAUUAGAGAAGAAGACAUUGCAUCAGCUGACUUGGAGAAAAAAACCACCACGUUAGUCCUUCAGGCAAGCACUCCCAGUGAGAUCUUCAACUUACGAUCGUCACUGUCGGAGUUAGUUCGCAUUACGGCUUAUAGUCGCCGUUGCCAGUUCAACGCACAAGCUGUCAACCGCAACUGUAGAAGGUAUGGGCCGAUCACAUCGUGUGAGCUCGACGAUGCACUGCGAGCAUUGGUUCGGCUUGCGCAAGAAGAAAGCUUUCCACAAGAACUUGCUGAUUUGUCCAAGCGAACCCACGUGCGGGACUCGUCGCGCAUUGUGUCACUAAAGCCGAUUCUCAAGGAAGGCAUGAUGUGUGUUAGUGGCCGGUUACGACAUGCAUCAGUUUCACCGAAUCGCAAGCAUCCGUACAUUCUCGACCCACAUCACCCGCUGACGAAAAUCGUAGUUACUCACUACCAUCGGAAACUAUUUCAUGCGGAACAGCAGCUGGUUCAGGACCAGAUUAUGGCCGAUCUCCCGGCUGAAAGAGUAACUCCCUGUUCGCCGUUUCGAAGAGUCGGAGUUGAUUACUGCGGACCAUUUUCAGUGGUCCAUCCACAUCGUCGUUGCCGGCCUGUAAAAUGUUUCGUCGCAGUCUACAUUUGCCUUACUACCAAAGCGAUACACUUAGAGAUAGCCGCGGAUCUUACGACGCAGGCCUUCCUAGCAUCGUUGAAGCGCUUCUCGGCUCGACGUGGAAAACCCGAGCUGAUAAUGUGUGACAACGCAAAGAAUUUUGUUGGUGCAAAACGAGAGCUGGAUGAACUUCGCAAGCUGUUUCACAACCAACAGUUCCAGAACACUGUCGCAAAGAAGGCGGCAGACGACAGAAUUGAGUUUCGGUUCAUUCCAGCACGUUCUCCUAACUUCGGCGGGCUAUGGGAAUCUGCUGUUAAAUCGUUUAAGACACUCUUCAAACAUACGAUUGGCUUGCAUACCUUGGUGUACGAUGAAAUGCAGACAGUCUUGAUUCAGAUUGAGGCGAUUCUGAGCUCAAGACCGCUCACCCCCGUUAGCAACGACCCAGACGAUUUUGAAGCUCUGACAUCAGGACAUUUCCUAAUACAGCGACUCUUAUUGGCAAUUACGGAACCAAAUGUUGGAGAAAUCCCGGAAAAUCGGCUGUCCGCCUGGCAAAAGGCACAGCGAUUCACACAGUUUCUGUGGAAAAAAUAG